GACGGCGCGCUGACGCCGCGCCCGAUGCGUGGCGAGGAGGCGCGAGGGCGGUGUCGAUGGUGAUAGCGAGAGAGUGCCGUUCUCUCUCGUCUAUUCAUCGGACGUUCCUCGCCGUCACCGUCGCCGUCGUCGCCGUCGUCGUCGUCGUCGUCGUCGCCGUCGCCGCCGCCGUCGUCGUCGCCGUCGUCGUCGCCGCCGCCGCUGUCGACGUGCGCGUCGUGGCGCUCGGCAGUGUCCUCUUCCGCAAAACUUGCAUUCCGUAAGGAUCACGGUGUUCUGCACUGGUGCACGCUGCUCCAUACGUCUUCUCCUACGAACCUCGAGAUCGACGAGACAGAAAGAAAGAGAGAGAGAAAGAGAAAGAGAGAGAGAGAGAGAAGAAGAAAGAGGGGGAGAACACGCGCGCGCGUCUCGUUCACGAUAAAGUCGCACCCGCUUUUCACGCGUGCACUUUGCGGCGUCUCGCGACUGCUACAUAAAAUCGUCUUUGGAUCAUCGAUGGUGGAGCGAGCGACAAGAAUAUAAUCUCGUCGUCAACGUCAUCGCCAUUGGUGUUGGUGGUGCUAGUGCCGGUGCUGGUGAUCUCGUCAUCACCGUUGCCCAAUUAUCGUUGCUCGGCGCAUCUUCAAUUCGGUAAAGGGGUACCGUCCAACAGAAUCUAGACGCAAAUCCAAAGGCAGCUGUCUACACGCGCAAAACCUGAGGAAUCCGGGGCGCACGAAGGCGAGAAGAAAUGAAGUGGACGUGACACAAUGACAUGAUGAAGAGCCUGGUGGGGAUCAUGUGGAUAGUGUUGGUGCUCAUAUCAGGAUGCUCAGGAAAUCCAGACGCGAAACGAUUAUACGACGACCUCUUGUCGAACUACAACAAGCUGGUUCGUCCAGUGGUCAACGUCACAGACGCCCUCACCGUUAAAAUCAAGCUCAAGCUUUCGCAGCUCAUCGAUGUGAAUUUGAAGAAUCAGAUCAUGACCACAAAUCUCUGGGUUGAGCAGUCGUGGUACGAUUACAAGUUGAAAUGGGAUCCAAAGGAGUAUGGCGGGGUGGAAAUGCUGCACGUGCCAUCGGAUCACAUAUGGAGGCCCGAUAUAGUUUUGUACAACAACGCCGACGGUAACUUUGAGGUGACGCUGGCGACGAAGGCGACUCUCAACUAUACGGGUAGGGUCGAGUGGAAGCCACCGGCGAUUUACAAGUCUUCCUGCGAGAUCGACGUCGAAUAUUUUCCCUUCGACGAGCAGACGUGCGUGAUGAAGUUCGGCUCGUGGACUUACGACGGCUUCCAGGUCGAUCUUAGACACAUCGACGAGGUCCGAGGCAGCAAUGUCGUCGACAUCGGCGUCGAUCUGUCGGAAUUUUAUACUUCCGUCGAGUGGGACAUAUUGGAGGUCCCUGCUGUAAGAAAUGAAAAGUUUUACACGUGUUGCGACGAGCCUUAUCUCGACAUAACUUUCAACAUCACCAUGAGACGGAAAACUCUGUUUUACACCGUCAACCUCAUAAUACCAUGUAUGGGGAUAUCCUUUCUCACAGUGUUGGUGUUUUAUCUGCCAAGCGACAGUGGAGAGAAGGUCAGUCUAUCCAUCUCGAUUUUACUGUCACUGACUGUGUUCUUCCUCUUGUUGGCCGAGAUCAUCCCGCCUACAUCGCUCGUGGUACCGCUCCUCGGUAAAUUCGUUCUUUUCACUAUGAUUCUCGACACCUUCAGUAUAUGCGUCACAGUGGUGGUCUUGAACGUCCACUUCCGUUCGCCGCAGACGCACGUGAUGGCACCGUGGGUCCGACGCGUGUUUAUUCACGUUCUGCCGCGACUGUUGGUAAUGCGCAGGUAUAAUACGCCAUCGCAGAGAACCGAUUACGAUUCCAGGCCGCAAUACCAGCUUGACAGACAUCGUGUGAGCGGGCAUCAUGGGCAUCGCGUGAUGGUCAGAACGUGCAACGGUCUGGAGCUACGCGAUCCAUCGUUAUUCGUCGAAACAUCAGCAUCGGAGCUGGUCGAGUCCUCCGUGUUAUUUCCUAGUGUCGAUUCGCGAGACGAGCUGCAUCCUCGAGAGUUGGAAGCGGUAAAUUUAGGAAGCACAUGCCGUAUCCACGGUUCGCCAGCGGCCGCGCCGCCGCCGGCGCCGCCUCAGCUCCCGACAGAGGAGAGCGUCGACGCUCUCUGCAACACGCUUCACCACUGGCAUCACUGCCCAGAAUUGUACAAGGCCAUCGAAGGCAUCCGUUUUAUCGCCGAUCAUACAAAGAGAGAAGAGGAUUCUACUAGGGUUAAAGAGGACUGGAAGUACGUCGCGAUGGUGCUCGACAGACUAUUCCUCUGGAUCUUUACACUAGCCGUGGUCGUCGGCACGGCCGGGAUUAUACUGCAAGCGCCGACUCUGUACGACGAUCGCAUCCCCAUCGACGUACGGCUCUCUGAGAUUGCCUCCACCACUGCCAAGCCACACAUUGUCACGAGCCUCUGAGGGACAAUUACUAAUUAUAUUAAUGCUGCGCGCGCGUGCGUAAACAUAUAAACACAAACAAAUACACACACACACACACACACACACACAAUAUCUGCUAUUAUACUGAUACAAGCGAAAUUGAUGAAAAGCAAAAUUUACUAACGUCCGAAAGACUGAAGCCUCGCCAAGUCUUCGACUUUUGCACGAAUACGCGGAGAAUUCUCAUCAUUCAGACGAUGGUUGUAUCAUCUCUUUUAUUUUAUUAUAUACAGGAUACUUGUCGAUCAUACAAAAGAUUCUUUUGCGCAAGCAGAUGGAGUCAGAGGGAAACAAAUUGGUUCGUCAAAUUAUAAAUGUGUUUCUGAUCGAGCAAUAUUGAACCUUUCCUCAUUCCUUUUCACGCUAUCGCGUUACCGUGAAAAACAAAUACAAGACACUUGCUUGCACCGAUCGAUUAAUCAAUUGUGACCUGUAAGAAUGAGAAGAAAGUGCGUUUCGUAAUGAACCGCACAAGUUGUAUCUAUUCUCCGACCGCACGGAGCUUAUCGUCUUGUUAAGAAUUCUCGAGCUAUAGCAGGAAAUAGAUUCUUCAGCAAGCGCAUAAAAAACUGACAGAGAUACGAAUAUCGUAACAAGAAAAAUGUGUCUCAAUCAUUUGCGCGUCGAGAUCCGCGCUUGAUUCCAUGUAGUACGUACGUGAUUGAUAAAGUAAAAAGUUUCUGAGAGGUAGGUAAUACAAUCCGAUGAAAGCGCGAGAUAAGACCUUCUUAUUUUGUCGAACUUAAUCAAGGACAGACUAUAUAUACUUUUCUCAACGUAUAUUAUGUAUGUAAUGUUGGAAAUACACAUUCUACUAAAUUUCA